CCCACAGCACUAUAUAUAAUUAAAGCAAAAUCACUCAGGAAAUGAGCAUGCUUUAAGAUAAUAUCAUACCAAAUCAUAUAUAAUUUAGAUCUAGGCCUUCAUUAGAAGUCAGAUUUGAUGGAACUGAUGAGAGGUUUAGAUAAGGAAAUAGAGAUGCCAUUACCAACCUCUUCAGGCUAUAAUCCCUCCAAUAGGGACUCGUCUUCUUCUCCAACUCUAGCUUCAACAGUAGGCGAAACGAGUAGUGAUCAACCUCCUCAAACUUCAGACCACUAUCAUCUUAAUCAUCCUCCUCCUUCUCUGCCAUCGAACCCACUUCAGCAAUUGCAGAGAAACACGAGAGAUCCAGAUCCGCCAAGCGUAACAGCGAUCACAACAAUUGCUAGCAGAUCAAACCCAGGACCAGCAACAGCGAGGACGAUUAGGUACAGAGAAUGCUUGAAGAAUCAUGCGGCGAGCAUGGGAGGACACGUAGUGGAUGGAUGCGGCGAGUUCAUGCCAAGUGGAGAAGAAGGCACUCCACAAUCCUUGAGAUGUGCCGCUUGUGACUGCCACCGCAAUUUCCACCGGAAAGAGACCGAAGGUGAACCUCAAACUAAUGUUCUCAAUUACUACGCCUACCCUCCCAGCAAAAGCAAUAACGCACAGAGUAGGAUUCUUUCUCCGCAGUUUCCGCCACCCCCUCCUCUUCAUCAUCAUCAUCACCAUCAACAUAUGAGAUUUUCAGGUGGGUCGUUCCCGCCGUUGAUGAUGGCCUUCGGCGGAGGCGGCGGGGCGGCGGAGUCUUCAAGCGAAGAUCUGAACAUGUUUCAGUGUAAUGAUGUGGGAGGGCAAGGGUCAUCAAAGAAGAGGUUUAGGACUAAGUUUAGCCAGGAGCAGAAGGACAGGAUGAUGGAGUUCGCCGAGAAGUUGGGAUGGAGGAUCCAGAAACACGACGAACAAGAAGUACAACAGUUUUGUAAUCAAGCGGGUGUGAAACGGCAGGUUUUCAAGGUUUGGAUGCACAAUAACAAACAGGCCAUGAAGAAGAAGCAAAUCAUAUAAUCCUCUUUAUUCAGCCUGCGACCUUCUGUUUUGUGUUAUGUGGAUAUCUAUCUUGUCUGAGAAGAAACUAGAAUCUGGACUCUAGAAGGAGAAACCUAAAGAAUCAACAAGAAAUUAAGAUGAUAACUUAGGGUCGUACGUAAGGAUUGAUGUAAAGCCAUAACUCAAGCUAGCGAUUCUUGGUUAGCAGUGAUAUUUAAUUUCAUGUAUAAUAAUGGCUUAAAUUAAGAGCUUUCUUCCAAUCAAACCAACCCCUCAAAUCAUGGAAGCCUCGGUCUGUGGAACCUCUUCAUCCAUUUUAUUGCCAACAGGAGUAACAAAGGCUGUCCCGGAACAAAAUAGGAUUCCACCCAACCACACAAUCUCUGUCCUCUCUUCUCUCCUCUCUUGUUGGACACCGACACAUGAAUUUGCAGACAAUAUU